AUUUGUGACCCAGAUCAAAUCACUCGUGUUGUAUUUUUUGUUGGUAAUGCAGGUUGCCUGGGUUCACGUGGACCGGAAGAUGGUGAUCGCCAUUCACGAGAAGGUGACGACGAGGAUCCCACGCUUCGGGGUGUCGUUCGACGGUGACAAGACCACCUGGCGACUCCACAUUUACAACGUGCACGAGGAUGACAAGGGCAAAUACAUGUGCCAGCUCAACACCAUCCCGAUGCAGGCCCAGAUCGGGAUCCUCAAUGUCGUUGUCCCUCCGUGGAUCGACGAUCAGAUGUCGUCGGCGUCGACGAUCUCAGUGCCCGAGAACAGCGACGUGAUGCUGCAGUGUCACGCCAGGGGCUUCCCGACACCGUCGAUCGAGUGGCGACGCGAGGACGACCUGCCGAUCCGUCUCAAGUCCCGCGGCGCAGGAGCUUAUGUCAAACCUGGGCUUGUACCUGUUUAUUACUCCAUAAUCUCACAAAAGAAAAACCCGCUCAUCAGUCAGUUUUUCUUGGCUUUGUCGGCGGAAUCCCCGGCUGGUCCUAAUAAGCCGCAAAUCUCCGCUAAGGACGCCAACAAGCGUCGAAGGCAGAAGAAAAACGACGGAUAA